AUGUCAGAGCAAUCUCGACUUUGGUUUGAGGGAGAGAUGUUAGGUAAUACUUGUUUUUGAGGCGGAGAUUUUAGGUAACAUUAGACAAUUUGAAAUUUUAGGUAACAUUUUAAUUUUACUACUACUUUUGUACAAUAAACUAUUUGUUUUGUAAUUUAAAACAUUAAUAUAUUGUUUUACAGGAGCUAUGAGCCGCCUGACCUCGCUUUUAGUCUUCGUGGCCUUGUUGGUGGCUGUUUUUGCUCACUCACAUUCUCAUGAAGCUCCUCACUUGAAAUAUGGACGAGAGAUUAACGAAGCGGUAUGUUUUACUUGUUUUUUGUUGAAUUUCUGUGUUUAGGCGGCUCGAGGAGAAGAUACAGUGUCAGAUCAUGGUCAUAGCCACGAACAUGGUCAUUCCCAUGAUCAUGACGACCAUUAUGAUCACGACCAUGAUCACGAACAUCAUGAACAUGCUCAUCAUCACGAUGACCACCAUGAUGAUCACCAACAUCAUCAUGAUGAACAUGCUCAUUCACAUGGUCAUGACGAGCACGGUCAUGCUCACGAGCAUCAUGGACAUGCACAUGAACAUAAGAAGCCUGUUGAUGUGGAUUACAAGUUCUCGAAAACUGAGUAAGUGUUUUUACAUUAUCUUUUAGAUUUAAAGGGUCUGAUGGCUAAAAUAAUAUAGUUUAAUAGAUUUUUGAUGUUUUUUGAAAUUGUCAAGGCUUUUAUGAUAAUUGAGAACUUUCAGACCAUUGGCUUUCUUGAACGAUCCACAAAAGCGAUUCUGGACCUUUUCUAUUGGAUCUACAGUGCUUAUCAGCUUGUUCCCCUGCUAUAUCUUGACGUUUAUUCCAAUUAACGUAAGUUUUUGGGUGCUUUUAGAUAUUAAACGGGUUUUUAAGGAUCGUUUAGUUGUUUUUAUUGUUGUUUCUAAUAGUAUAUGUUGUUUAAGGUUAAGAAAUUAAAGAGUUUGGCCUGGAAAGAGGAGCUCCAUCUAAAACAAUAUAAAUUUAUCACACAUUCUACCUAAAUUAUUAUAAUUUCAGUCCAAUGAAGAUGAAAACAGCAGCAAAAAGCUGAAAGUCUUGCUAGCCUUAGGUGCUGGUGGUCUGUUAGGCGAUGCUUUCUUGCAUUUGAUUCCUCAUGCUCAGAUGGCUCAUGGUGACGGUCAUGAUCAUACUCAUUCUCACUCACAUGCCUCUGGAGAACUUCACGAACCACAUGAUUUGAGUUUAGGAGGAUGGGUGUUGGGCGGAUUCUUCAUCUUCUUUGUCGUGGAGAAGUUUGUUCGAAUUGUGAAAGGAGAAGGCGGUCACGGUCCACGAAAGGAUUCUGGAAAAAAGAAAGGUGGGGAUUCUAACUUUUAUCGAGGUUUUUGGUUGGGUGGAAGAUGUAAAGGAGGUUUGACGGUGAAAAUUAUGAUUUUGAAGAGUCUUACGAUAAAGAAAAGCAUUUGGGAGCUUGCUAAAUCAAAAAUUUUGCUUUAGAAGUUUGCCACACUUCAGAAUCUUUCGUUAACCUCAAUUUUUUCAGCUCAACACGAUAAGGAGUCAGUAUCUAAGAAAGACAAGAAUUCAGACACAGAACAUUCAGAAGAAGAUGAAAAGAAGCAUCAUGAACAACAUCGUGCUGCCCGACUUCAAAUCGCUGCCUAUUUGAAUCUGAUCGCUGAUUUCAUGCACAACUUUACCGAUGGUUUGGCUAUUGGAACGUCGUUUGUGGCCGGAGAAAAGGUUGGCAUCAGUAAGUUUUGGCAUUUUUUGUUGGAAAUAAGGAUUUAAAAGUUUUUUAAUUUAAGAAUUUUAAAAAAUUUAUGGUUGAAGGGGAAAAUAUUUAAUAAAAUAUCAUUUUAGAUACUAUGAUCACAGUACUGAUCCACGAAAUUCCGCAUGAAAUUGGAGAUUUGCCAUUUUGGUUCAAUCAGGAUACUCCAAAAGGAAGGUAAGGAUUUAACAAACUGAAAAAUUGUAAGAACUUUCUUUACAAAGCAAGAACUUCGUUUACAAAACAAAAAAUAGCAAAAAUUUUCUUUACAACGUAUAAUAUGACAAAUUUUUUAUUAGGUAUGUUAUAAUAUAAUAAACCGUCAAAAACUUUAUUUACACGUAGGGUUUCUCGAACUUUUAUAAUCAUGCGCACCGUUGCUUAACUUGCCAGAUCGGACGGGAUCGCGCUUUCGCACAGUGCAACGAAGACAAAUGGCGCUGCACGGUGCAGAAAUUAACUUUUUGGCAUUAACUUUGUUUACAAAGGUAGAAAAUAGGCUUUUUAAUAUGUUUUGGGUUUUUGCAACAACUUUCUUUACAAAUAUAAAAUCAUCUAUUUCUAGGCCAUGCUGAUCCAACUCCUAACAACCAUUGGAGCCCUAGCUGGCUGUUUCAUCGCCUGUGCCUCGUCAGAUCCGUUCUCCUUGGCUGAACAAGCUUAA